AGCAAACACAGUCUAGUAAGCUAUCCUCAUAACGGGCAGAACGACGGGGCAAGCACCACUGAGUCCUGCUUCUUCUACACCGAUAACCAUGGGACACAUAAUAUCUGUGUUUGUCAGGGAGCUGCCUAUUGCACUAAUAUUUGUUGGGAUUUUUCUACCUGUUGCUUUGCUGCUGCUUUGCCUCAUUUCAUACCUCAGGAUAAAACUUGAUGAAGUUAAUGAAGAGCUGGCUCAAAUCCGUGACCCAAGAGAUUCUCUGCAGGAUUACUACCUUCACUAUAGGCAGUUAAAGUCGUCCAAGAACCAGCGCCUGAAGAAGACUUCUUAAUCCCAGUUUUACUUCACACACAAGGACAGCGUAUAUAAUGUAAAUCUGCUCACAAAUCACCGGGGAGAAAAGGAGGAUUCUAAAAAUGACUGUGCAACAAGGGGAUGUAAGAAGGUGUUGCCAAUUAGGAUGUCUUCCUUUAAAACUCUGCUCACUUGAGACUUGAAAGCUGGAGCCGUCUUAAAUGGAUCACAUGGUGAUUUUACCAAGGUUACUGGCGAUGCCUGUGGACCAGGACAUGCUGAAGUCAUCUGAAAUCUGCUUCUCUCCUAGUUAGGCUGCUAGAAAAUGGAACAUAUAUGCAGUUACAUAACAGUAUCUGUAGCUGUAAGCUAGGAACAAAGCAAAGCUAUUAUAAGCUACGGCCUCAGUCUAAGGACCGCAUCGGGUUUUCUUUAUUUCCAGUAAAAAUUUCUAGUGAUCGUCAUGUACAUUUCCAGCCUUCAUAUUCCUAGUAAAGCAGCCUUAACGGAUUUCAUGACACAAUUGCACUAAUUCUAACAGCAUUAUCACGAUCACUUCACGAGAGCACGGAGAAACGGUGAUCAGGAGCACAUUUCUAGGUGGUAAAUGUAGGACACAGAGAAAAUACUGACAGAAUGCAGCCAUGACCUGAAACAGUGGGUAGCUUCCUUGUGACGUCUCCCAAUCACUGGUAGAUUUUUUUUUUAGGGGGAUUUUAAGGGUGUAUUUUACAAUAAUCAUUCCUUGAACAGAGGGCUCUUCAUGUGUCCCUGCCCAUUCUGACACUAUCCAACCAGUGCUGCCAGUGUCAAACUGUACAGGAACGCAACUGGUAACACCCAUCUGAACCAUUAUUGCAAACUGCUAGCAAUUCAUUCAGAAGUAGCAGGAUAAUAAAGUAUUAGUAAUA